GCUCUUCGAGGGAUAUGCCCUUCCGUUCCAAAAUACAGAGAUGAUCACAUUUUCUUGGCGUUUUGCGUGCAUGGCUCUGGUGUGAAUACAACCAGAGUCGAUAGGCGUUUUGGGGCAUGGGAAGUUGAUCUAUAUCUUUUUGGAAGGAUGGUGGAUCUGAAUUGGGAUUCAUCGUAUGGGCUUCUGACAGAAGGGGUUCGUGUGAGCCGGUUCUAUUCCAUGUUGCCGGAACCGAACAUCCUCUCUGUGCCGAAUUUCUUCUGGGGGUUUUCUCUCAACCUUUAUUUUCUUCGUCACGGCCGCUGUAUAGCAGUAUUCUGUCAGUCUCUUGGAAAAGGGUCGUGUAUACAUAUCCCCACAGGUAGUCGGUCUAUCAUACGGGACUCGAUCUGGUUUCGGUCCGCAUCUGGUGCAUUAGAUUGAUGAGGGUCAACCAUCAGCGAAUUGGAUUCUUGUUCACUCUGGAAA